UACUCGGUCGGUCUUGUCACGUCGUACCGGCUAAACUGUAUAAAUACACCUUUCGAUCGGAAUGGAAUCGGUUAAUCGCGGAUAGGUCUUCGACCGAGCAAGAUGGGUACGCGGCCAACGUUUCUUUGUCUGGUGACCGGUGUCACUUUGGUGGCGGCACUACUGUUAGCGGAAGCGCAAGGCCAACAGCAGGCACGUAUCGUAUGCUACUUUAGCAACUGGGCCAUCUACCGACCGGACGUCGGACGGUACACGAUCGACGACAUUCCUGGUGAGAUGUGCACCCACAUUAUCUACUCCUUCAUUGGCGUGGACGACAGCAACUACAAGGUGCUGGUGAUCGACCCGGAAGUGGAUCUGGAACAGAAUGGAUUCAGGAACUUUACCGACCUGAAGAGUAAAUACACGAACGCAAAGUUUAUGAUCGCCGUUGGCGGUUGGGCGGAAGGUGGGAAGAAGUACUCGCAGAUGGUGGCGGUGAAGGAGAGGCGCGAUUCAUUCAUCGAUAGCGUGAUACAGUUCAUGAAGGCGUACGAUUUCGACGGGUUCGAUCUGGACUGGGAAUAUCCGGGCGCUGCGGAUCGUGGUGGCAGUUUUAGUGAUAAGGACAAGUUCUUCUACUUUGUCGAGGAACUGCGAAGAUCAUUCGAUCGCGUCGGUCGAGGAUGGGAGAUCACGAUGGCCGUGCCGGUGGCAAACUUCCGUUUGCAGGAGGGUUAUCACGUGCCGGAACUGUGUGAGAAUCUAGAUGCAAUCCAUUGCAUGACGUAUGACUUGAGAGGAAACUGGGCUGGAUUCGCCGAUGUGCACAGUCCGCUGUACAAGCGGCCGCAUGAUCAAUAUGCCUACGAUAAAUUGAAUGUCAACGAUGGAGUUCAGCUUUGGGUCAACUAUGGCUGCCCACCGAACAAGUUGGUUAUCGGAGUUCCAUUCUACGGAAGAACCUUCACCUUGAGUGACAGUACUAAGAAUCCCACUCUGGGAUCUUAUAUCAAUAAGGAAGCCGGCGGAGGUGCUCCUGGUCCGUAUACUAAUGCCAGUGGUUUUUUGGCUUAUUACGAGAUUUGUACGGAAGUCCAAGAUGAGCAAAAAGGAUGGACCAAAAAGUGGGACGACGUCGGCCUUUGUCCUUAUACCUACAAGGACACUCAGUUCGUCGGAUACGAAGAUGUCGAAUCACUAGAGCACAAGAUGGCAUGGAUCAAACAGAAGGGUUAUGCCGGGGCUAUGACUUGGGCCAUCGAUAUGGAUGACUUCCAUGGUAUGUGUGGUCCAGAGAAUGCUCUGAUGAAGGUGCUUUAUGACCACAUGAAAGAUUACACCGUUCCCGAACCUACAGUUACAACAACACCAAGGCCUGAAUGGAACCGACCUCCAUCGACGCAAUCUUCUGUUCAAGAGGUUCCCCUGGCGGCCGGACCUACAACCACAACGACUCGUCGUCCUAAGCCAACAACCACGGCUGCUAAGCGGACCACCCGAAGGACUACAACAACAACCACCACUACACCUGCUCCGGAUAUCUCGGAAGAGGAAGAGGAUCGGGAGCCCGAACCAGCUCCAGCUCCUGCCCCAAUUCCAGCGCCGGUUGACUACGAAGACGCAGACAACAUCGAUUGUUCCGGAGGUCAAGACUACGUGGCGUCGGCGGAUUGCACCAAGUACUACCGCUGCGUGCAUGGACAACCGAUUGAGUUCUCAUGUAAAUCGAAUACGGCUUUCCACACGGUGUUGAAUGUUUGCGACUGGACCGAGAAUGCCGAUCGGGCCGAGUGUCGGAGUGAAGCGAAGACUGUCAAGGACUUCAUGCUGGAUGCUACGGCCGCACAGUCCGUUAACCAGAAGGAAACUAUUAAGGAUAAGAAUACUGAUGCUGACGGUGCACCGGCGACUAGCAGUCAGAAAAAUAAAACGGUUUUCGAUUGGCAAGAGACACCAAAAUGCAUUCCGAAUUCGAAGCUGAAGAUAAUUCCCGAGAAAAAGGAUCCCUCGCCAAAUACUAGUGAGGAAGAGGAAUCGGCGGCCGAAUAUUCGGUCGAGUCAGAUGCUAGGCCAACCAAAGCUCAGGUGGCUGCCCGUCAGGUAUUGUCAAAGAAACUUCCGAUCUUCAGCGGUAAGGUGGAGGAAUGGCCGCUUUUCUUCAGUAGCUACGUCAACUCUACGGAGGCAUGUGGAUUUACGGAUGUGGAGAAUCUGGUGCGGCUUCAGGAAUGCCUCAAAGGUCCUGCCCUGGAUUCAGUAAGAAGCCGGUUGCUGCUUCCGAAAGCCGUGCCUCAAGUGAUUGAGACUUUGCGCAUGCUGUACGGACGUCCAGAACAGCUCAUUCAUACUUUGUUGAACAAGGACAGCAUGGAACUUAAGGAUAGUGUGUUGUUGUUUACAGUAGCACUAUGUGCCACAGUUGCCCUAGUUGAGGCGAUCAAUGAUGCGCAAUCUCGGCGGUUGGUCUGCCACUAUACGACCUGGUCCCAGGGUCGCUCCGGACAGGCAUCAUACCGCGUUGAGAACGUCCCGGGAAACCUCUGCACCCAUGUGGUAUACAAUUUUAUUGGUAUCGAUGAGGAUACGUACGAGCUGAAGCCACUGCAGCGUGAGAUCGACAUCGUACAAAACGGGUUCGGCCGGUUCGUUGAUCUGAAGAAAAACUUUCCCACACUGAAAACGACGAUCGCCGUUGGAGGGUGGGCCCAUGGUGGGGAGAAGUUUAGCAGAAUGGCUGCCUUCAGGAAGCGCAGGCAAACGUUUGUACAAAGCGUGGUAAAGUUUUUGGAACAGUACGGUUUUGAUGGACUGGAGAUUGCGUGGCUAUAUCCGGGAAACCCUGAACGAGGUGGUAAUGGAAACGAUAAAGACAAUUUGGUUUACUUGGUGGAGGAAUUGAAGCGAGCCUUCCAGAAGAUCGGUAAAGAUUGGGAGGUGACAGUUCAAGUACCGUUGGAUAAAAGCAGGCUUGAUAUUGGCUACGACAUUGCCGAUCUAUGCGAGGCUGCAGACUUUGUUCAUCUCAUCGGAUAUGAUCUCCGCGGUUGGUGGAACAAUUUUGCCGACGUCCAUAGCCCCAUGGCCGAUCGCUCGCACGAUCUGGGCAACUUCCGUGGAAUCAACAUUCAGGAUGGUGUGCAGCAUUGGCUCACGAACAGAUGUCUGCCAAAUAAAAUGGUGCUAGGUGUUCCAUUGUUUGGUAGAACGUACACCUUGGCCAAUCCUCAACAGAAUGGCAUCGGAUCGCAAACGACGGGUGCUGGAGCGGCUGGCAAAUACACCCACGAAGCGGGAUACCUUGGGUACUGUGAAAUUUGCCCGAAGUUUAUCUCGCGAUCACCUUGGCCAACAUUGUGGGAUGACGUAGGCAAGUGCCCUUAUACCUACCGAGGUCGCGAGUGGAUAGGAUAUGAGAAUGAGCAAUCUCUCGAGGAGAAGAUAAAGUAUGCCAAGGAAAAGCAGUUGGCUGGUAUAUAUGCAUUCUCUUUGGAUUUGGACGACUAUCUAGGGGAUUGUUCGGAUGAACCCUACCCAUUGACCCGGAAGUUGAACGAAUAUAUUGAGAAGGAUGAUGACGAUUUCGGCGGUUUCUUGGGUCGACCAUCCGAAUAAUGAGAUGAGUUGAAAUAAACAGACGUAG